AUGCCUAGACAUCAGCCUCCACCUCAACUCCCACGAUCAGGAGGAACGUCGGCGUCGGCACAGCUUCCAAAGAACUGGCCACGAGAGAUCACCUACUUGACAACACUACAUGUUCCACCACCACUGUCCAGCAGCCUCCUCCAGGUCCCGUCGAAUUCCAAUUCGAAUUCCAAUCCGAAACCAAACCCUGUCCCUUCGCUCCCCAUCAUCAAACCCAACGCCGUGGUAUCACCAAACCACCUCGUGCGCAUCACACCCAUCACAUCUCCAGCACACCCAGCACAUGGCCAAUACGGCCUGUGUGCUACCCGGGCACUAGCACCAUCGAGCUUCAUCAUCUUGUACUUGGGCACUUUGCACGGACCGGCUACUCCAUCAUCACGAACCCAGUCUUCCGUUUCUUCCCUCCCGUCCUGCUCAACACCAAGCACAACCUCCGACCCAACUCAUGCCACUUCCACCUCCGACCCAACUCAUGCCACUUCCACCUCCGACCCAACUCAUGCCACUUCCAACUACGACCCAACUCAUGCCACUUCCAACUACGACCUCAGCCUCGACCGGGACCUCGGCUUAGCCAUUGACGCUUCUCGGUGCGGCAACGAGGCCCGCUUCAUCAACGACUACCGCGGCAUCAGAGCGGCAGGGCCCAACGCCGAGUUCCGCGAUUGUCUGGUCCAAGUUGGGCCCGGCCCUGGCAGGCUCGAAAAGAGGAUUGGCGUGUUUGUGCUCAGCCCAGGAAAGGCCGGGGGCCCUAGAGCCAAGGGAAUUGCAAAGGGAGAGGAGAUUGUGGUUAGUUAUGGCAAGGGGUUUUGGAAUGCAAGAAGGGAAGGAUGA